CGCGGAUCGGCGAGCGACGCCGAGCGACGCCCAGCGGACGCCGUCCGCCUGAGCCAGUAGUGCAACAGGCGGUGAACCCUACAGACCGCACUCACACGCGGACUGCGGGUCGGUUGGAAGUUGUGCUUCGUUUUGAUAUAAUCGAACGACGGUAGAGCCUGUGCUCUGCCCAGAUUUUUGAUCCUCCCGAUCUAAACCACACACCAAAAUGUUCAAGAACCACUUGGACAUGAUUGGCCGCAACGAGCCGAUCCAGAGGAAGGCCAAGUUCUGGCAAUCCUACGUCCGUUCACUAAAAGCGUCGUCUGGAGAGCGGCUGCCGGACACCCAGACCUACGGGCAAUGGCUUAAGGAAUUACACGGAACAGACGACAUGCGCGCCCCCGACCCCGUGCACAUCAGGCCACGAGGCGUCUUCCGCCCCCUGAUCUCGGAGCUGCCCGACCUGCACACCAACACCUGGCCCUACAAGUCCAUCUACGACGACCCCACCGCCGCCAACGAGCGCAUCCACGUGCCCGGCUACCGAUACGUGCCCGUCAGCAGGGAGACCUACGGCAUCAGCCCCCGCAACAUCUACCCGCCGUCCUACUACGACCGAUACAGGACCGGUCCAUCGGACGGCGUGUACCACGGCCAGGAUGCGUGGGACGCGCAGCAGAAGCGCCUGGACGAGAUCGACAAGCUGUUCCCGGACCGGUACAUCCCCCUGUUCCAGUACAGGCCCGCGGCCAGGACGCUCCGCGGCGGCAGCGUGCCCCCGCUGGGCUCGGCCCGCGCCCGCUCGUCCUCCCCCUUCAGGUCCACCACACCGCCACCGCCUGUGCGCUCCUGGACGCCUCCCCCACAGCCCUCCGAGGUGGCGCCCCGCUUCACUUACGCAGGCCAGCCCAUCUGGAACCGCGGCGGCUACACCCGGCGUCCGCUGCGUGAGCUGCUGGAGCCGUCGCCCCUCAUGCCCAAGUCCGCCAUCACCAGGGACCCCUGGUGGUGGGAGUACCCCGAGCUGAGGCCGUACGCCUACCCCUACCACUACCGCUCGUGGCACUCACCCUCCUACCUGAGGACGUCCUACCUGUCCCCCAUCAAGAGCUCCUACCUGUGGGACAGGCACCCCCGCAGGCCCCUGGGUUACCUCACCUACUGGUAAGCGAGUCUGACGCCCUCCUCGUCCACCUUGGAGCGCGGGUGUGAGGAGCAUGAGCGUGCCGCCGAUCUUGACCUGCUCCCGGAAGCGUCCAGCGAGUCCGAGCCAUCGCGCGAGGAACAACCCCGAGAAGCCCUGCGUCUCGUCCGCGGCCCCCCUCGGGCCCCCCGAUCCGAACAUGACCCCUCAGGGGCAGUGUGUGUCCACGUGACCCCCUACUCUGUGUACCCGACCACUUAUUUCAUUUUCGUAAAAAAAGAUGAAACAGCGAAACGUUUUUUUGGUUCUUUUUCGGUCAAACUUUCUUCUUGCAGCAGUCGAGCGUGGUCCGUCCGGACCUCUGCGACAAUGACCCUGAUGGGGUAGCCCUCUGCAGACAAACGAUAGCACGAGAAAUGUAACGAUAGCAGGCGAAGACCUGUUUUAGCAUGUUGAUGGCCUAGUGUUUUCGAGAAUACAUCGACUGACUGUAGACGUCUUUCUUUACUAGCUCGGGGAAGGGGGUUCUUCUCCAUCUCUGUCACACCCGCCCGCCAAUGUAUACGAACGCUCUCUUUCGAAGCUCUCCUUCUCUCUCUGUCCUUCAUCUCUGUCGUCUAUUUCCUCCGUCUCCUUUCUUAUCUGUCUAUCCAUGUCUCUCUCUCUCUUUCUCUGUCUCUCUCUCUAUCGCGACACCCAUUACUUCACGACUGCACCAUGCCCAGGAUGGUGACAAGCGAGGCGUAGCCUCCUUUAGUCCCUUCCGCGGGACUGCUGCACUCUAAAUGACUUUCGAUGAGGUCUCCCAUAAUACGAAGGAAAUGGCGUAAGCAUAGUACAAGCGAUGUUUUUCUUCGUAUCACGAAAUUUUUUCUUUGUAUCUUACAAAGAAAGUCCCAGAAAAGAUUCGUGUUAUGGAGAACUUUUGCUUCGUAUUACGCCUGCACCGAAUUCUCUGUAGCAUGGCUUGAAUUUCAUUGUGAGACAUUUAGAGUGUGAAGUCAUGGCCACGAGCAGACCACCCUGGCCAUAUUAUUCCAAACGCCUUUUGGGCGCGGACUUUUUUCAUUUUUUUUCUGAGGUGGAUUCAAAAUGUUUGUUUGCCUCCCAAGAAGGGGUAGCAUCCACACCGUAAAAAAUUUGACCACUUUUAUAUGAAACAUGAAACGAUGAAAUUAUUAUUUUGCUUACUUUGUUAAACAAUGCCAAAAAAUUGAAAUGGAUUUCAUUCAAGAUGCCGGGUUCUUAAGUUCACAUUUUCUCUCAUUCAGACUGUACAAUUGAAUAAAUAAAUGAAGUGAGAUCCACCAAA